GCCGGCCGGCCGGUGGUCGCGGGGGGCAGGAGGACGACAAUGCACCGGGCGGUCUCCAGCCAGCGCUCGGUCUCCUCCUCCUCGGGCUCCUUCCAGGCUCCUCCGCCGCCUCCCCCCGCCGCCGCGGACCUGCAGCCCCUCUUCCUGGGCGGCGGCGGCGGCGUCAGCAGCAGCGGCACCCCCAGCAGCAGCAGCAGCUCGAGCGGCGGCACCCGACGGGGCAGGCGGGGCUCGGUGUCCAGCUCGGCCUCCUCCAGCCGCAGCCGGAGCAGCACCAGCGAGGAGGAGGAGGAGGAGGAGGAAGGCGAGGAAGCCAAGCCCCUGGUGCCGGCCGCCGCCCCCCCGCCGCCGCCCGCCGCCUGCGCCUCGCCGCCCUCCAGCAGCAGCCCCUCCUCCGGCUGCAGUAUGACUGCCGGCGAGCUGUACGGGGCGCCGCUGGGCGGGCCGGGGGCGGCCGUCGGGGGGCUGCUGGGGGCGGCGGGCGGCGGCUCCCCCCGCUGGGGCUACAAGGCGCUCUCCCUGGUGCUGCUGCUGGGCCAGGGCGCCCUGCUCGACCUCUACCUGAUCGCCGUCACCGACCUCUACUGGUGCAGCUGGAUCGCCACCGACCUGGUGCUGGCCGCCGGCUGGGGGAUCUUCUUCUGCCGCAACAGCCGCGCCCGCCGCCGCCUCCAGCGGCCGCCCGGAGCAGCCGGAGGAAGCCACCCGCCGGCGCCGCCGCCUCCGCCUCCCUUGCACCCCCUGCUGGGCCACCCGGCGCCCGGGGGCAGGUGCGGCGGCGCCAAGGCAGGGGGCGCUCCGCGGGGCGGGGACUUCGCCUACGCCCACUUGGCCUGGCUCAUCUACGCCAUCGCCUUCACGCCCAAGGCGGCGCUCAUCCUGGGCACGUCCAUCCUGGAGCUGGUGGAGCUGCGCCUGCCGCUGGGCGCCACCGGCUUCCGUGUCACGUUGGCCCUCUCGGCGCCGCUCCUCUACUGCCUCCUGCGCGCCAUCGGCACCGAGGGCCCCGGCCAGCUCCUCCUGCCGCCCCCCCAGCACCGCGCCGCCGCCGCCUUCCUGGCCACCUGCUUGGACCUCCUCGACAGCUUCACCCUCCUCGAGCUGCUCCUCCUGCAGCCCGGCCGGCCGCCACUGACCCUGCCGCCGCCCCUCCGCUACCUGCUCAUCGCCGUCUACUUCCUCUGCCUCGCCUCGCCCGUCCUGUGGCUCUACGAGCUCAGCGCCCCCCGGCCGCCCGGCGCCGCCCGCCUGGCCCUCCACUGGCUCCUGCCCGCCGGCCUCCUGGACGCGCCGCUGCUGGCCCUGCGCUGCCUCCUGCUCGUGCGCUACCAGCAGCCCCUCUCCGUCUUCGCGCUCAAGAACCUCUUCUUCCUCGCCUGCCGCGCCCUCGAGGCCCUCGAGGCCUGUGCCUCCUCCACGCCUCCGCCGGCUGCGGGAAGGCCAAGCGCGCCCCCGCCCCCUCCGCCGGAGCGGCCCGGCCAGCUCAGCCACUGCGCCUCCGACAACGACAUGGGGCCCCACGGCUAUGUCAACACCCUGGCCGUCACGGCGCAGAGCUGAG